AUGGAUGGAACACGAUUCUAUAGAUGUCGAGAAUGGACUGAAAAGUUCAUUGAAGAAAGUCGGUCUUCUUUGGUUCAGAAAGCCACAGGCCAUUCAAGGGUUGUGGUGAGCGGGACAGCAUUGCUGUGCUUGACCAUAUGGCUUUUGAUCCGAGUUACACAGUUUCUUAAGAAACCGAAGGCGUGUAGGCCGACGACACCAGACCUUGAGAAACCGGCAUCAAGAAGUUUCAAAGCGCCGCAAAGAGAGCCAGGAGUAUGGGAGCCGUCGGAUUUCAAACGACCUACUGCAUCGCCAGCUCCCAACUGGGAUGUCCAUACAUCCAAACCAAAACCCUACCGCCCGUUCAGAUAUGGACCUUACCAUAUCACCAUGGGCUUGCGGAAUAUGAACUGGGACGAAUGGAUAGAGCUGGACAAUCAUUACAUGAAGUUCCACGCCGAUAAAAAGCAGCGAAUAGCUGAGCGUGGCUCCAAAUGUUGUCAUACUGACCCCAGGGCCUUCGACGGUGCCGUCGAGCUCCUCGAGGAACUUUGCGGGUACCUUACUGAGCGGUAUCCAUCCUUGUACAAACGUACACCUGUCGGGAUGGACAACCUGCUCACUGGUGAAUCAUUCAACAUCGUUGAGCGACCACUAGCGGAAGAUCCAAUGCAGAUGGCUGCCCGAUGGGUGCAAGACGAUUUGGCAAUCAUGUUCGAGAAAGAAGACGGGCAGUACUACCUCCUCGCAGGCGCCAUUUUACUUGCCGGGUUCUGGAAGUUGGAAGACAAGUUGGGCAUGGCGUUGAGUGAGAUACACACUUCGGGUGAUGUGCCCGGCUUCAAACAGAAAUUAGAGAAAGGAAUGACGAAUUUCUUCCGAAGGGUACAACCUAAUGGCCCAGUGCAGCGCAAUAACUACUUUAUCCAAGUCGACGAUAAACUCGCCUGGUCCUCCAGCAUCGGAUCUGAAGAUGGCGAACCAGGCACUGUCGGUUGGUUCAGCGCCGAGAAGAACAAAGCAAUCGAGCAUCACUAUUUCCGGUCCGAGCGCCAGACUCUACGUCGCCUACCACGCAGCGGAGGGGUCGUCUUCACGAUCCGCACAUACUUCCAUCCGAUUACCGAGAUCUGCGAAGAGCCCUACGUGCCAGGCAGAUUAGCGAGCGCGAUCAGGAGCUGGGGCGAUGAUCUGAGUAGGUACAAGGGUAAAGAGAAAUACGAGCAAGUCCUACUAGAAUACCUGGAUAAGAAACAUCAAGAGCAAGUGGAAGCAGGCCUGGAUCUUGAAAAGGAGGAUGAGGUCAGGGCGUAUCCUUUCUGA